AUGGAGCCAUACCACCAACUCUCAGCCGCCGACCAAGCCCUCGUCGAUCAGUACCUCUCGAACAUCCAGAGCUGCUGGCAGCUCACCAACGUCCUAGACUGCCUUCCCGCCAAACUCCAACCGAAGCGCAAUGGCGCGGUUGAGACGAACGCGCGAAACCUAGAUAUCAGUCUUCUCCGCCAUCUCAGCGAAGUAGCUUCCCUGACGCCCGGCCCGCAAGGCUAUGAAGCGCUCAGCGCAGAUUGGGCAAGACACGUGAAGAACAGGCGGAAGAGAGUCUGGGGAAAGGGCAAGAACUGGCUCCAAUUCGAUGAUGUAAUGAAGACCCAAUUGGAGCUGGAGAAGGAAAUGCCGGCGAAGAAGCUCGAGCAAGGGGAGAUAGUCGAGGAGGCGGAAUCGCAAGGAAAGGGGAAGAGAAAGCGAGACGAAGAAGAGGAACUUCCGCAGGCGGAAGAUGCUUCACACCGCUCCAAACGCUCACGCCAUUCCGGCAACCAGAAAUCUGUCGCCUUCGACAACGCCUCGCUCAUCGAGCCGCAGUCACCGCCACGUAGCGCACCAGGAGACAUCAACCACGAGCGCUUCCCAGAAGCCAGCGGGGGCUCCGCUCCAGUCUUCGCCCAGCGGCGCCAUGCGCCCGUCGCCCGCCCAGCGCGUCUUCCCGCUGGUCUCUCAGCACGCAUCCAGGAGAUGCAGACAGGCCAGGAAGUCCGGGUGUUGCUGGAGCGCACCGCGCAGGUAGAAGUCGCUCGCGCGCGGACCGCCACCCAGCAGCGCAUCAUCCGGCCGCAGUUCCUCGUCGAGCAGCAGAAGCAGCCUCAGCCCGUACCAGCACCUGAGCCCGCGAGGCAGCAGCAGCAGCCAGACAUGGCGCUCCUCCAGGCCCAGCAGAAAGCGCCGGUAGACGUCUCCGCGCGCCUCCACCCGCGAGACAUCCCCGGCAUCUCGCCGGCGAGCAGAAUCCGUCUCUGCAAGAUCCGGCUGGCGCAGGAAGAAGCGAAAGCCGCCGUACUCUCGUGGCAGUACGACAUCGCGUUGCUGGAAGCGCUGGCCGAGCGCGAUGAGGAAGAGGUUUAGGGGUCCCCGCGGUUUCCGCCCCCAAACACCCUCAACCCACACACGACCACCACAACGCAUCAGCCUCGUAUCAACCCCUUGUAUCAACGCCGCAAAGGCGCACCUAUCCAAUCAGCUUGACUCCCCACCCGUCCCAGAACGCUUGUGCUAUCGCGCCUCGUACAACACGCCGAGGACCGCCAGGCUGAGCUAUUAGUAGUUGGCGGCCUCGCGCGCUCCCGGUGAACAUGUUCGCUCUCCGCCGUACCUCUACGCGGAUGAGACAUGAG